ACAGCAAACCAGCAACGAGCCGAGCACGAGGCAGAGACACACACGAGCACAAUGGCGGAUAGCUUCGGCAGCCUUGGCGAUGAUGAAGGUCUAUCGGACGGGGAGGGGAUCAAAACCAGCGCUCAGUUCAUAUCGGAACCGACAGAUGUUCAGAAGCAUCUGCAUGUCGAAUGGGACCCUGCUUCAGGUACUUUCAAGGGAAUGCCGGAAGCAUGGGCUAACCUGCUGCCCGAGGGGACGGCGGUCCAGACGAAGGCCGCGCCAGCUGUCAGCCCCAAGCACGCCAGGGGAAAUUCACACAUCGCCGCUCCGGUUCCUACCGUAGAGGCCAAGCGACGGUUCCGGUUGUGGGGGCGCAACGACAGCAAGGAGCCGGAGGAGCCAUCGGUGGGCUCCGUUAUCGGAGCACCGUUUAACGUCCAGCACGUGACCCACGUCAAGCCCGACUCCCGCUCUAGCACAGGCUUCACGGGGCUCCCGUCGGACUGGCACGUGGUGCUCAAGGCCUCGGGGAUCACGAAGGAGGAGGUGGUGGAGCACCCACAGGCAGUCCUAGACGCUCUGGCCUUCCACAUGGACGGGCCGCAGGCCAAGGCGCAGCGGCCGAAGAUGCCUUCCAAGGAGGCCAUUGCCAAGACAGUUACUGAGGCGAUGCCGCUCAAGAAGGACGACCCGAUGCAAUUCUACACGGACAUGCGAAAGCUAGGCCAGGGCGCGAGCGGGACGGUGUUCGUGGGGACGGACGUGCGGACAGGGGAGGCGACUCGUAGGUGCGCGUUGAAGUUUUGUCCCGUGGCGGAAAUGGACGACCUAAAGAAUGAGAUCGGCAUGCAGUGCCUCAGCAAGCACCCCAACAUCGUCACGUUGAGGGAAGCGUUUGUCACCAAGACGGAGGUGGUGAUCGCCAUGGACCUCAUGGAGGGCGGAUCUCUGACGGACACGCUGGGCACCACCGUGGACUUCAAGGAGAUGUACAUCGCUUACGUCUGCAGGGAGAUCUUGCUGGCCUUGGCCUUCAUGCACCACCAGUUCCGCCUGCACAGGGAUAUCAAGAGCGAUAACGUGCUGGUAGACAUGGAGGGGAACGUGAAGCUUGCGGACUUCGGCUUCGCAGCUGCGCUGACCGCGGAGCAGGACAAGCGGGCUAGUGUUGUGGGAACGCCGUAUUGGAUGGCCCCGGAGAUAAUCAAGGGCUUGGAGUACGACGGGAAGGUGGAUGUAUGGAGCAUGGGCAUCACGGCGCUGGAGAUGGCCGAGGGGGAGCCGCCGCUGCUGCACGAGCCGCCGCUCCGCGCGCUGCUGCUCAUCAGCAUCAACCCGUCGCCACGCUUGAAGGACCCCAACAAGUGGUCGCAAGGGUUUAUCCACUUCCUGGCGUCGUCUCUCGACGUAGAGGUGGAGAAACGGUACACCGCGGACCAGCUUCUGCAGCACCCCUUCAUCCAGACGGCAUGCUCGGAAGCCGAGUUCUCGGCACACGUGCGGAAAAUGCUGGCCAAGAAAAAGAAGUAAAAAGACCCCCGCCGAAGAGCAUCAGUGUAUCAUAGAUAAGCUUGGCCCCCCACUCCCCCCCCCCCC